UCCACGUCCACGUUCCAACCACCAUUCGUCGCCCCAUGGCAUGCGGGAUGCCCUUCUCGUCCUUGGCUUCAUCGACCUGGCGACUGCGGCUUGUCCACCCCACGCUCCAUGUGGACCCCCACCGCUGGACGAUUACAGCUCUACUGGCUCACGUGCAGUCUUUGAGCACGCCAGCCAUGUCUACGACCUGGUUGCUGAUGGCAUCGAGAUGGCAGAGGAUCCACCGUCCGGACUCUUUUUGGCGCUGGACUUCCUCAAUGAGCUCAGGGACUUCAAUUGCAUGGUGAAGUACAGGGACUGCUUCCAGGACUUCCCCACACAGCUGGACGACGGUUGUGUCAAGCUGCAGGCGGCCUGUGAGCGCGUGGAGGAUUGCAAGGAGUCCAUGGCUUCCGUGGCGGUGUGCGCCAGCUUGGAGCAAUUGGGCCACGCCCUGGACAGGAUGGCUGGCAGUGCCGCCAAGCUUUUGUGGCAGAUGCGGCGGCUAGCGAAUGCGCCCACGUUAGCCCUCCUAAUGCGAGAGUCAUCUUCGUGGCUUCGUGGAAAUGGAUAUGUGGGGUCCUUCAUCAACGACGCCUGCCGCCCGGCCGUGCUGCCGCGGCGCUUGCUGCAGUUGGAUGGGCAAAUCGCACCCCUGAUCCCGCAAGAGGCGCGAUUCUUGACCUCGAGGGUUCAUGAGGCAUCUGGGACGAGGAAAUCGGUUUUCGGCCGUUUUGGUGCGU